CAUAGGUUGGCCUGAAAACUAGAGUAAGGAAAGUAAAAUACAUCUUGAUAUGACAUUUAAUAAAAUGCACAUACAAUUAUAUUUGUAUUCUGGGUGCACGUUUUGUUGAAAUAUUAUCCAUAGAAAGAAUGCCAGAACCAGUAAGACACAAUUGAACAGUUCCUCUGGGGACUGGGGGAGGAGCUGUGUUUGACAGAGAGCCUUUGUACUGGACAAAGAAGUCUUCAUAUUAGAUAGAUCAGCCUGACUGCUAACGGUCAUUUCAUGCUGAACUUGGAGGAGGCAUAACGCUAAUCAAUAGAGGGACAUAACAAGGCAGCAAAAAUGAAGCGCUCCCUUGGACUUUGCUUGGUGGUCUGUUUUGGGAUACUCGAUUUGGGCUGUGCACUUCGUUGCUUCAAGUGCUCCGAUUACACAGGGCGCUGCGAGAAUGUUCAAGACUGCACUUAUGAAGAUUCCUGUUUAUCUCUGAGUGAAAGAGGUGGGAAGACAAUUCGACAGUGUAUCAGAUACACAGACUGUGACAAUUCUCGGCUGUCCCAGAUGUUCCCUGCAGUCUCCGGAUUCACGUACCGGUGUUGCAGCAGCAACCUGUGUAAUAGUAGUACCACUAUUGCCACGAGAGGGCCAGUUUUCGCUUUGAUGGGGUCACUAUUGGUCUUUUGGUGGUCCUCACUGUGAGCUCCAACUGCCAUGGACAGCUGACGCAGAGCCGUCAAUGGAGCUGCAGAUUGAUUGCAGUCAGUAAUAUGAUUUUAUGUUAUUGUUGAUAGAGUUAAAUUUGUUGUUUAAACUGUGGAUGAACAAUGUCCGACUUAGCUGCAGUCUUCCUGUUUUCUCAAAUGCUUUUUUUUCAGUGAACUAACCUAGAGGAACACUCAAAAUAGAAAUGUCCAUGUUUAUUUAUUUUGGUUGUUGUAAAUUGAUACUUGACAGUUAUGUGCAUAUUUGGGUUAGGCCAUUCGCUUUAGAAGCAUCAGGCUAAGACAACCUCGUUCAUCCAAUAAUGAAUAACCGGGAACAUAGUACAUGCUAUCCAUACUGUAGUCUGAAGGAGGGUUUCCUCCCACUUUAUGUACACUUACUACAGCCUCAUUUUACCAUGAUGAUUAAUCAAUUUCACUAGGAACGCAGAAUAGUCGUGAAGAUAGGCUGCACAGAUGGGAUGGGAUAUGUUAGUAAUCUAUUCACCCACCUAGGCACCUACUCACUCAAGUCAAGACUGAAAAAAAUGUAAGCUGAAAAUAUAUUUCCCCAGUGUUUUAAGUUGUGAUAAGAAAUAUGUUUCAAUAACAUUUAAAACCAUGUUAAAAGUUGUAAAUUGUCAAUCAGUUUUAUUCUCACUUGUAAAAGACUCACCCAAACCAAUAAAAUGACCUACCGGUAUUUAAAAGA